CGCUAUUUUAGUUGGCCACUCACAGAAGGCAAUAAAUUGGAGUCUUGAGUUAAGUUCUUGUCAUUUAAAGUCAGAGACAUAUCAUAUCAACUCAUUUUCCCGCAGAGAUUAAAGAAAAGGAGCAAACAAACAUGUCUGAGGCCCCGAAAAAAUCAAAGAUCACUGCAUCUCGAAGACUAUUUCUUAAGACCAAGCUGCUAAAAACAGCAGCAGAAAUGUUGGAGAAGACGAAGGAGGAGAGGAGGCUGCAGAAAGAAGUAACUCUCACAGAGAAAGUUCCUCCUCUACAGCUGUCUGGUUUGUCUGUUCAGGACCUUCAGGCUUUGUGCAAAGAGCUCCACCGAAAGAUAGAUGUGGCAGAUGAGGAACGCUACGACAUUGAAGCUAAGGUGGCCAAAAACGUCAAGGAGAUUGAAGAUCUGAAUCAGAAGGUUUUUGAGCUAAAGGGUAAGAUGAAGCGACCUGCUCUCAGGAGAGUGAAGAUCUCUGCUGACGCUAUGCUGGGAGCUCUGCUGGGCUCAAAAGUGAAAGAGUCUGUGGAUUUUAAGGCCAACCUGAAGACUGUGAAGAAAGAGGAGGAAAAGAAGGAGGAAGUGACUGACUGGCGGAAGAAUGUGGAAGCCAUGUCUGGAAUGGAGGGAAGGAAGAAGCUUUUCAAUGCCAACCAGUAGAUUUAUCUUUGUGGACAUGUUAAGAUUAAACACUGUUUUACAGGAUAAGAAAUGAUAUAAGGCAAUGCAGAGAUUGUCUUUACUCGGAAAUAGCAAACACACACGACAUUUAGUUUAAGCAUGAUUGUGUCUGUAAACUUCACGUGCAAUAUUUAAAGUUAUUCAAAUUAUUAGAGAAUUAUAAUUGCAGCAAUUUUUUAAUUAGAUUUUUGCACAUGUGAAACAUUUGAACUGCCCUAUGUCAACCCUAACAAGGAAAUGUUUGACCUCAAAAAGCCUGAAAAUAACAGUGUUAAUAAAACCUAGUGAAAACUGAAA